CAAUUUUUGUAAAGUCCUAGAGUCAAAAAAAUUAUGUCUAUCACAUCUUCCAUAUCGGAAGCACACUGUGCAGGACUUCGUGAUCUGUUGGUCAACGAAAAAAAUACUCCUGUGCUGCUGCAGCUAGCGAGAAGCAUCACAAAAAACGUGUGCACUAUCGAAGAUGCCGAGGAAGCACUUGGGUACGUCACGGCGCAUUUGGAGGAUAUACACAAGGUACUACACAAGCGUCACAUUACCAGAGAUCUGCUUUUCAAGUACUUGCACACAAGACUGCCGGGUACAUCGACCGAUUUCACUAAAGCGGAUCUGGUUAUGAGAGUCAUUCAGUAUUGGGAUAAACAAAUUACAACAGAAUCAGUUGCCAAGCAAACUUCAGUAACAACAAUUGAACGUAUAGAGGAAACUGAGCAGGAUUAUCCCAUCAAUUUGAUGGCACGCAAAUUUGGUGAAUGGUUCUUUGAGAAGUUCAAUGCCAACGAUCUGAACCCAUCGGAUUUAUGGAGCGAUUCCGUAUUGCAGCUUAGUGUGAUUGCUGAUGACGGCACUAGUGACGUUGAGUGCUCAACAGCCGAAGAGGUUAUCGCAUCAUUAUUCAGUGCUAAAGAUCAAUUUGGUUUCUAUUUCAAUCCGAACUUAACACACACGGGCGUCCAAGGACGCAUCGAUGUCUAUGGCCAUGUUGUGGUGCUCUGUUGCGGCACUUUGCAUACAGGCGACAGAUCUGUGGGCGUCUUUGAGUGUGCGUUUGGUCUGCUGCGUGAUCCAAAUGCUGACAACAACUGGAAACCCAAGAAGUUCAAGUGGUCGCUGCGCAGUGAACUGACUCCACCAGAACUGCAUACACUCAACUCCAGCGAAUCCUUGCAGACGGCACUGGCUUUGCCAACACCCAACGAUACACUGGACUAACACUACGAAGGAGGAACUGUUGUGAAGGCAGCUACAAGGCUCGUAUAUAUAAGUUAAUAUUUAUUUUGCUUAAAUAUAAAACUAGUCUGUUAAAUAGGAGUCCAUAUAACCCAGAUACCAAUAAGUCUGUUUCAAUUGUCAUAAAUUACAUGUUACAUUUAAAGUUUUUGUAAUGCAUUAAUGUAUCGGAUAUAUGUUAAACAAGAAUGUAUUCUGAAAUCGUUUAAGUUU